AAGGAACCCAAGUGUGACUCCUUGUUAAGUAUUGCAAUUGAACUCAAGGUGCGAACUCUUAAGCACAGAAAGCAGCAAAGGAGGAGCGAGUAGCGAAGGAAAGAUUCUAAAAUGAGCAGCGGCGCCGGCAAGUUAGUGUGCGUCACCGGUGCUUCCGGUUACAUUGCUUCAUGGAUCGUCAAGUUUCUUCUUGAUCGCGGUUACACUGUCAAGGCCACCGUCCGUGACACAAAUGAUCCGAGAAAGGUAGAGCACUUGACUAAGCUUGAGGGCGCCAAGGAGAGGCUUCAGUUGUUCAAGGCGAAUCUUCUAGAAGCAGGUUCUUUCGACGCCGUCGUUCAAGGCUGUGAUGGUGUCUUUCAUACUGCAUCUCCCUUUUAUCAUGAUGUCAAGGAUCCACAGGCUGAAUUAUUGGAUCCGGCGCUGAAAGGAACCCUAAAUGUUCUUCAAUCAUGUGUGAAAUCGCCGUCUGUGAAGCGUGUGGUUUUAACUUCUUCAAUGGCUGCAGUUUCAUAUGAUGGAAGGCCUCGGACUCCUGAAGUAGUAGUUGAUGAGACUUGGUUUUCCGAUCCAAAUUUCUGUAGGGAGUCGAAGAUGUGGUAUGUUCUUUCAAAGACAUUGGCUGAAGAUGCUGCCUGGAAAUUUGCAAAAGAAAACAACAUUGACAUCGUCACUAUUAACCCAGCAAUGGUGAUUGGGCCUCUUUUGCAACCAGUACUUAACACAAGUGCUGCUGCAGUUUUGAAUGUAAUUAAUGGUGCACAGACAUUUCCAAAUGCUACUUUUGGAUGGGUCAAUGUGAAAGAUGUUGCAAAUGCUCAUAUUCAGGCGUAUGAAAUUCCUUCAGCUAGUGGGAGAUAUUGUAUGGUAGAGAGAGUAGUACAUUUCUCAGAGUUUGUGAAAAUUUUACGUGAUUUAUACCCAGCAUUACCCCUUCCAGAGAGGCCCGCCGAUGAUAAGCCGUAUGUGCCAACAUAUCAAGUUUCAAAAGAAAGGGCAAAGAGCUUGGGACUUGAAUUUAUUCCUUUGGAAGUGAGCCUCAAGGAGACCGUCGAAAGCUUGAAAGAAAAGAAAUUCACCAACUUUUAAUUCAUCGUAUAUUAGUAGAGGAGAUAAUGUUAAGUUGUGUAUUUGAAUGUACUUGCUCAUGACACUAAUGCAAUAAAUGGGAAUAGUACUUGUACUGCAGGUUGCAGAUCAUGGAAUAAAAGUUUGGAAGGAAUGUUGAUAUGAA